UGAGCUUGUAGCACGAAAAAAGCGGACAUUUUGGCUUGGGUUAUCAAAAAAGAGUGACUGAGGGAUGAGGACAGUUCACCGAUUAGAUAGUAGUAUGACAAGGUUUGAUCAUUUCACAGAAAACGUUGGACAAUUAACAAGAAUGUUGAAGGAAGUGUUUCUAGUAUCUACCUUGGUGUUGGUUGUGCUCGCGUCUUGUAUAAACGCCGAUUGGUGCUCAAGUCGAGUGAACGGCUGCAACAUUCCGGGUUAUAUGCCUCCCGCCUACAAAGGACUCUUCACGGGUGCAUGCAACCACCAUGACGUCUGCUACUUUUGUGGUCGGAAUAGGAAUGUAGGUCGAAGCACGUGCGACUAUUGGUUUUACUACAACAUGUGGAGACGAUGCAGGUGGUGGCACUUUGGGUGUAGAUACGCAGCCUACCUUUACUACUACGCGGCGAGAAUCGGCGGAAGCAGUCACUACAACAGCGUGUCUCCAUCUUGGUGCUCGCAAAGUUGGGUACCCGGAUGUAUGUAUUAAACAGGAAGUAUCAUCUCAGUCACUUAACAUAAAAAAAAAGGAGGAAAAUAUGAAUAACAGAUUCUGAAAAUGGACAGAUCCGAUAUUUUGAAAACUAGAAAAGCGUGUUAAAAGAAACAUUAUUGAAGACCGAAGAAACAUAUGUACAAUAUUAGCGGAAUCGGAACUUCAAGAUAUGUAGAUAUUAGUUUCGUGUGUGUAUUUAUGUUUUGUGUUUGAUAUAAUGAACUCAUUGUACAUUUUUAAAAACAUUUGAUAGAAUUUGUAUAAGUUUAACAUCAUUCUUUUUUAAUCACAUUAAAAUAGUGCAUUGUA